AAGUACACCUGCCUUCACUAACCCCUCUCACCUUCUUCUUCCUCCUCCUUUUUUUCCCUCUUCUCUUCUUUUUGUCUAUUUUCAAUCCUUUUUUUCCUUCCAUUUCUUCCACCCGCCCCCCAUAUAUCAUCGUCAUCUUCUUGUUCGAACAAGGUGACAAAUUAAUCACAGAUGGAGUCCAGGUCUGGAAUCCCAAGGACGAGAUCCGAGCAACUUGAAUUUUCGACGGCCAGGAGGUCGACGGACACCGAGAAUGGCGCGCCCUACCCGACGGGGGCCAGGAAAUCCAGUUUGGGGCGGAAGAUUCACAUUCGGAAGGCGCGGAGCGAGCAGCUCAAGGAAGAGCUGGACGCGCUGGGCAUCGGAACCUUCGCGGAGGAGUCGUCGAUGGCGGCGCUAAGCAGGGCGUCCAGCGCCAGCAUGGGGUUCUCUUUCUCGCUAGCAGGCUUCACUUUGCCGCCAGAGGGCAUGGCAGACCUUCAUGGCUUCCCCGAUGAAAACAACAAUGGGGAUGAUCUGGAAACAGGUAACAGUAAAAAGACUGCAACUAUCACGGAGCCCACCUUGCCGAUUUUUCUGAAGUUCUGGGAGGUAAAAUACAAGGUGGGGGUGAAGGGCGGUGGGAAGGGGGCAUCGGAGAAGGAAAUCCUCAAGGGAAUAACAGGAUCUGCCGAUCCCGGGGAAGUGCUGGCGCUGAUGGGACCAUCGGGGAGUGGGAAGACGAGCCUGCUGAACGUGCUGAGUGGGAGGGUAAGACAGAGGAACAUCUGCGGUGGAUCAGUCACCUACAAUGACCUCCCUUUCUCUAAGCCUCUUAAGAGCAGGGUUGGGUUCGUCACUCAGGACGACGUUCUGUUUCCUCACCUCACGGUGAGGGAGACGCUGACAUACUCCGCGCUCCUUCGACUUCCCCGCACGCUCACGAAGCAGGAGAAGGAGGAAAGAGCUCUACAUGUCAUAUCUGAGCUUGGUCUGGAGAGAUGCUUGGAUACGAUCAUUGGCGGUUCAUUUGUACGUGGGGUGUCUGGUGGGGAGAGAAAGAGAGUGUGCAUAGGGAAUGAGAUUCUGAUCAACCCUUCUCUUCUCUUCCUCGAUGAGCCCACUUCUGGUUUGGAUUCCACAACAGCAUUGAGGAUAAUUCAGGUGUUGCACGGCAUAGCUGAGGCUGGUAAAACAGUGAUAACUACAAUUCACCAACCGUCCAGCAGAUUGUUUCAGAAGUUUGAUAAGUUGAUUCUUCUGGGAAGGGGAAAUUUGCUGUAUUUUGGCAAAGCAAAAGACGCAACUGGCUACUUCUCAACCGUAGGGUGUUCUCCCCUCAUUCCCAUGAACCCAGCAGAAUUCUUGAUUGAUCUGGCAAAUGGAAAUGUAACUGAUAUAACAGUGCCAUCUGAGCUGGAGGAUAAAGUAAACACUGGAAGCCCACGGACAGAGACACGAAACGGAAAGUUAUCACCAUGUGACGUACAUGAUUACUUGGUUGAGGCCUUUGAGACGAGGGUUGCAGACAAUGAAAAGAAGAAGCUGCUGAAGCCAAGUCCCAUUGAUGAUGAGUUGAAGUCUAAGGUGCUAAGUAAACACAGAGAAUGGGGAACAAGCUGGGCCGAACAAUUCUCCAUUUUGUUUUGCAGAGGCUUAAAGGAAAGGCGACAUGAAUAUCUAAGCUGGAUGCGGGUGACCCAAGUUUUCUCUACUGCAAUUAUUCUGGGCCUAUUAUGGUGGCACUCGGAUGUCCAUACCCCUAAAAAUCUGGAAGAUCAGGCUGGCCUUUUGUUCUUCAUUGCAGUAUUCUGGGGCUUCUUUCCUGUUUUUACAGCAAUCUUCACAUUUCCUCAAGAGAGAGCCAUGCUAGCAAAGGAGAGGUCAGUUGAUAUGUACAGGCUCAGUGCAUAUUUUAUCGCCAGGACCUCAAGUGAUCUGCCACUGGAUCUCAUCCUUCCUGUAAUAUUUCUUGGCAUUGUAUACUUCAUGGCGGGCUUGAAACUCGAUGUAUCUGCAUUCUUUCUAACCAUGGUGACAGUAUUUCUGAGCAUUGUUGCUGCCGAGGGUCUGGGACUCGCAAUUGGUGCGACUGUGAUGGACAUCAAAAAAGCAACUACUCUGGCAUCUGUAACUAUUAUGACGUUUAUGUUGGCUGGAGGUUUCUUUGUAAAGAAAGUUCCAGUAUUUGUAUCGUGGGUUCGUUAUAUCUCUUUCAACUACCAUACAUAUAAGCUACUUCUCAGAGUUCAGUAUGGAGGUAUCGCUUCCUCUGUGAAUGGGGUUACAAUCGAUAAUGGUGCAAUGGAAGCGGGAGCUAUGAUUGCGAUGGUUUUCUUGUAUCGCCUCUUGGCUUACUUUUCACUAAGGAAAAUGAAGCUGGGUAACGUUUCUUAAGCAGCCUAAUCAGAAGAUAAUGCAUAGCCUACUUAUUGUGGCGGAGCUUGUCUCUUGCAAAAUGCUAGGUCUUAGACUUUGAUUUCCCAGCACGAUCACGAAUUCUAACAAAAAAAUAUUUAAAUGUUUACUUGAACUUCAUACUGCUAGACGUUGAUCUAGUCCAUGAUAGCAAGUUCACAGUUUAUAAAUUAAGGGAUGGAUGGAUUCAGGCCACCAGGUAUGAUAGAACAGCAGCAGCAGGAUUUUACUUGUUUGGAGAGCAGUAUAACUUACGUGAUGUUAUGACCAGUGAAGGCGUUGAUGAAGAAGAUGGUUCAUUUGUAACUACUGAAAGUCCUGACUCUUAAGUUAUGUCAAAGUGAACCGGCUAUUGAAUACAAAGUAACGAAGUGAAAAAAUUUUCCGUCGAACUAUUCAAAAUAUUUAAUUGCAGCAACUUGGGUACAGUCUAUAUAGCUGUGUGACAUAGAACUAGUACUUGUAUCUGUACCUGAACACUCUUAGGGAGAGAUAGCUUGCUUUCCCCCCUUCCUCUGGGGUUUGACGAGUGAUUUUUUACCAGUUCGCCAGUCCGAUCAAUUAUAUUAUACAACUCGGGACAAAAAUAUUGCCUGAGGGCAAUUCGUAGUUGCCCCGUGCUUAAGUUAACAGUGCGCAAUGAAACUGGAACCAGUCAUUUCCUUGUCAUAUGAUAUACCAUACGGAACACUAGCAAGGCGAUGGGGAAUAUAUCUGGUCUAUAUUAUAGUUGUCUACAACAUCGAGUGACCUGAUAUUAAUGGUCUCCACCGUAGUUUGUUGUAGCUUUAGCUUGCGUAAUGGGUGAUUCGUGAAAUCGAACAAUGCUUGUUGGCAUGGCAGCCACUGAUCCCAAGGUCAGGCCAACUCCUUUGAGACCAGUACUACCAAACUUUGCCAGAAUUGGUCGUGCCUUUGCUAACCAGAAAAUAAAUGUAGAUUAAGUGGAUGAAACGUACGAUCACUGCCAUACAGUAGACUCUUUAGGCAUAAAAAAAAGUUGGAAUUGGUGCCUGCCUAGUGGUGCGUAAUAUUUUUAGGAAAAAAAAAACGGCAAUUAAGAAUGAACUCCGUUCACGUUUCAUUAGCUCGCGAUGGUUGACUUUUGGUUAAUGCAACAACGAAUGGAACAGAAGUGGUGAUUGGUGAGAGAGGAAAAUGGUACAAUUCAGGGAAAUUGGCUUCGUACCUUUUCCUCUUGGUAGGGCUACAUGCGGUGCGAACCUUCUGUGGGCGUGGGAAUAAACCCCGAACCCCUCAACUGGGCAAGGAAGAACCGAGUCGCCGAACCAUUCCAUCCGCUCGCCCCCGAGCUGUCUCAGCACUGCAAGACAGAGGGAUUCCUUCAUAAACAAAACGGCACAAAAGCAGAGCACAAGCUGUCGUUCGUUUGAAGGUAUAGUUUAAAACUGGACAACAAUAAGGAUAUUUGCAGAAGCCAAAGAUAGCUUCCUCCGGUUCAGGCUUAUCUAGGAUAUCUGAACU